CAACGUGCACGGGUUUGUAGAUGUGUGUCAAGAAAGGAGUCCUCUGCGUCGGACUUGGUCUGUCAACAGCCAGUGAGAGUGACGCAGGCCGGCGGAGGCAGGGGCACUGGCACCGAGCAGAGCAGGGCUCUCGUCACACAAUUGGAACAGGAAGCGAGGAAGGAAGGGGGCUUUCACCCGCAGGAAGGCUGGCGAACGCGCUGGGAUUGUGACAAGACAGCCACACAGUCGCUCCAGAGACCACCCAUUACACAGCAGAACGCAGUAAGAAGGGCCAAGAACAGUCUGACGAUGAACGACACCGUGUCCAACACCUCCGUCAAGUGUGUGCGCGACACCAGCAUCACGUCCAUGGUCUUCCCCUGUCUGUACAGCAUCCUCUUCAUAGUGGCCCUCAUCCUGAAUUUGCUGGCGGCGUGGAUCUUCUUCAGCAUCCCCAGCACCUCCACCUUCGUGGUCUUCCUAAAGAAUGUGGUGGUGGCCGACUUGCUGAUGACGCUGACCAUUCCCCUUAAAGUCCUGAGCGACGCGGGCGUGGGCUCCCUGCACCUGCGCGCCUUCUACUGCCGCUACUCCGCCGUCCUCUUCUACAUCACCAUGUACAUCAGCAUCCUCCUGCUGGGCCUCAUCAGCCUGGAUCGCUACCUGAAAAUAGUCAGGCCUUUUGGGAAGUGCGUCCUGCAGAAGGUCCGCGUGGGUCAGGCGCUGAGCGCAGCCGUCUGGGGGGUGAUGUUAUCUUUAGCGCUGCCCAACGUGAUCCUGAGCGACCAGCCGCUCCCCGGCUCUGGAAACAAGCUGAGGUGCACGUCGUUGAAGAGCUCCGCAGGCCUGAUGUGGCACGAGGGGUUCAACUACUUCUGUCAGGUGGUCUUUUGGGGAACGCUGGCCCUGAUGGUGGUUUGCUACACCUUCAUCAGCAAGAAGGUCUACGAGUCGUACAAGGCCUCGAAGAGCAGCUCUCACGCAGCCAGCCGCAGGACCAAGGCCAAGGUCUUCGUGGUGGUGGGCGUGUUUUUCGUCUGCUUCGCCCCCUUCCACUUCGCGCGGGUUCCCUACACGCUGACCCAGACGCGCAACGCCGCCGGCCACUGCCAGACGCUCUACGUGGCCAAGGAAAGCACCCUGUGGCUGUCGACCACCAACGUGUGCCUGGACCCGCUCAUCUACGUGUUCCUGUGCAGGGUGUUCAGGAGGAGACUGACGGCGGCUCUUUGCCGCAGGCCGCUGCCCAAAGGCACCAUGGAGUCUCAGACGGCGACAUCAACUCAGCUGGAGAUGCCACAAAAGAUCAGUGAAUAACAGAUGCCGGACAAUGGGACGCAUUUAAUAGCUAGGUCCUAAAUUCACAAUCGCGGUGAAAGCAUGUAUUGGAGUUACUUGUAUUUUAUUAUGAUGAAGAAGGUCUAGGAUUAAUGCAAGAUAGUCAAAAUGUGUUGUACAGAAACUGCUGUGCCAUAGGAAACAGUGGAGGAUGUGAGGCGUCAUGACGAUGGCAAAUAACAAGCACUUCUGCUGCUCGUCUGCCAAGUCAUCUGACCCUGUUUCCUAAAGACGCUCUUGGUCCUUUUCAGCUUCCUUCUCUCUAAUCUCUUUCAAACUGCGCUUUCCCUUCACUAAUUGUGACAUGUUGACGCCACGUAUUCUGCAGCGAUUACGCCACAACAAAAUGAGCCCAGUGGCCGGGCGAUAAGGAAGACGUGUGGCAUGACACUGCUCGAGAAAACCCUGUGUAAUUUAAGCAACCAUGAAAACAAUAAUAAAUAAAUAUUCAAUUUAUUAAUACUAACGCUGCAUGGUGUUUCAGGUUAUAGCUUGUUUUUCUCUGGCUCGUCUGUAUGUAGGGCACGUCACCACAGGUGGCGAUUACUGAGCCCACUGGUGACGUGUUAGAGGUUAGAGUCGUGUGGUGUAAUUGUAUUAUGAACAAACUUUAACAUAAACACAUGACAACAAUCGGGUUGAUGCCUGCAGAACUGAACAGCAGUGGCUGGAGUGGUGGCCAACAGAGACGGAGGGUAAAGCCACACAUGGUUUCUCGAAAGUGUUGACAUUAAGUUUCAUAGUUAAUUAUAUGUCUCACAAAGGAAAUGUUGCUUUCUGUUUGAAAUGUUGGCUGCUGGUGGAUGAGACAAAUUCUUUGUAUUGACCAUUUUUAGCACUGGCCAUUUCUUAAAACUAUUAAGCAUAAUAACAAUUAUUAUACUAUUCUGUGGGUUAGUACUGAAUGGCCAACAUUUACAUGGACAUAUGCUCACUGUCUACUUUUUAGGCACAUUUGGACAGUCUCAUUCAACCUAAUGCAGCAUUUAAGCAUUGAUUCUAUUUUUAGGGUAAAUUUCUCUGUUUGUAAAUUGUAGGGGACAGAAAGUUUAUAAUAAAUGUGUUAUCAUUUUAAAUGUUUUAACAUAUAUACAUAUAUUAAAUAAUAUUUUAUUUCA